CAUACUCUUUCACCUUUUUUUUUUAGAACAAAAAAAAUACUUACUUUCAUCAAUCUAAGCCUAUCCUUAAUUCUUUCAUUCACUUUUCGUUUUCCCUACGAAGUUGAAUGUUAAAAAUGACUUCCAAAACUACAUUAAAGAAUCCUCCAAGUCCAUCGUCUAUUUCAGACUCAAUGAAACUAGAGCAAUUCCGCACACAAUAUGAGUUGGCCCGUAACUUUUAUGAUGAUUUUGAAUUUUGUCCACUUCCUUAUAUCGAUGAGGUCACUAAGCAUAGAGAAAAAAUCAAACAGCGUCUAUUACAGCAGCAACAGUCAAUAGCAAAUUUUAAAAGCAGCAAUGACUCUGGUUUGCCGACAAGAUCUCAUCAAAGAAGGUCUUCGAAACAACUGUCCAACAACCAGCAUCUUCAAAACCAAUAUCAGCAAUAUCGUCGCUCCUCAAACAGUUCCGCAAUGCCUUUCUUGGUGCAACCUUCCAAAAUCAAAGCAAUGACCUCACACAUUGUCGCAAGCAAAGCCAUUCCUAUCAUUGACCCCAAUAGCAAAGCCCCUGUUGCUGUGAAUCAGCCCGCUUAUUGUAAUAGCAGUAACAGAAGUAUUAGUUAUGGAAAGGUGAGUCAACCUGCGUCAAGCCAGUCUUGGGCCACUAUUGCGGAUGAAGGCGAUCCGUCUUCUCGUAGCAGCAGCAGCAGCAGCAGCGACAGUAGUGGCAGCCCUAAAAGCCAUUCCAUUAGUUUCAAUGGUAACGAUUCGUUUCAUUAUUACAACAACAAUAAUACUGCUGUGAUUGCCAACUAUGAAAAUAUACAACCAACAAAUUUCUCUAGCAGCAACAACUAUGCUGCCUUCGAAAACAAUGAAGAUAACUUUUUUUACUCAUCCAUUACUACCAACAAUUAUCAAACAUAUUACUACCCGCCAGCAUCAACAAAUACAAAACUGUAUCAUCAACCCUCGCAGGAGGUUGCAGGCAGUGGUGUGUAUCAACAGCCUUACCAGCAGUAUCAACGUCAAGUACCACUUUGUAAUCAAUACCAAUACCAUUUUGAAGGACAAAAAACAAGCCCAAAUUCCAAGUUCUCCAAUGUAACUGUAUACUAAUCCCUUUAUCCUGAAAAGUAUAACAUUUUUCAUCUUAAUUUUUUUUUCUUACUGUUAAUGCUAAUAAUAUACGCCAAGGUUGCUUUUUUUUUUUUUCUUUU